AUGACUGGAUUCGCUAAAAAGGCUAUUAUUAUUGAUGCAAAAGGGCAUCUACUUGGAAGAUUAGCUUCCAUAGUUGCUAAAGCCUUGCUUAGGGGUGAAAAAGUCACCGUUUUAAGAUGUGAGCAAAUGCACAUAUCUGGGAAUUUUUUCAGGAGCAAGUUAAAAUUCCUGUCGUUUUUAAGAAAAAGAUGUAAUGUAAAUCCUGCAAGAGGUCCUUUUCAUUUUAGGGCUCCAAGUAGAAUUUUUUUCAGAACAGUUAGGGGAAUGCUUCCACACAAAACUUAUAGAGGAGAAAAUGCUCUUCAUCAUUUAAAAGCAUAUGAAGGUAUUCCUCCAGCAUUCACUAAAAGAAGGAGAGUUGUCGUUCCAUCUGCUAUGAGCGUUCUCUGCCUUAGACCGGGAAGAAAGUACUGUCAUUUGGGUCGUUUAUCUCACGAAGUCGGUUGGAAAUACCAAAAUGUUGUACGAGUAUUAGAAGCUAAGAGAAAGGCAAAAGAAUUUGUCAGAGUAAGGAAGGUUGAAAGGAAACAGCACUUUACUCGUUUGGCAACGAAGAAUUUGGGAAGAAAAGUUAAACGCUACCAGAAGAUUAUCGAAUCGUACGGUUAUAAAUGAUGUCGAUGAGUUUUUUAAUAU